AAUAUAGGUUUUUGGUUCCCCGUUCCGAAGGUCGGGAAGAGGAGAGAAUCAUAUCAUAGCAUUAGGGUCUGAGGGCAACGCAACCAUGGGCGGCGGAAACGGUCAGAAAUCUAAGAUGGCUCGCGAGAAGAAUCUGGAGAAGAUGAAAGCAGCCGGGAAAGGAAGUCAGCUGGAAACCAACAAGAAGGCCAUGAAUAUCCAGUGCAAAGUGUGUAUGCAGACAUUUAUGUGCACAACAUCAGAGGUGAAGUGCAGGGAACAUGCUGAAGCAAAACACCCCAAGUCUGAUGUUUAUGCUUGUUUUCCUCAUCUCAAAAAGUGAAAUAUUUCUGUUGUUAUAAACUAUUAAAGAUAUGGUAAUAUCUGUCACCUGUUUCAACUAUGACAGUAAGGAAGUUAUUGAAUGUGCAUUGCCUGGUUGUUUAUGAGACUCCCAAGUUGUUUAAAUGACAAAUAUAUAUACAUAUUUUCAUCCA